AUGUCUACCAUGCCUGAAAGUGCUAAUUUAAUGCCAUUUGUCUGUAAAUGGUCAUAUUACCAUUCAGAACCACAACAAUUUGAAACCCAGGAGGAACUUAUAAAUCACAUCGAUAAACACGACAUCAAUUCAUGCAACAGAACAUUAAGAAACCCAAUUUAUAUAUGUCCGUGGAAAGGUUGCAAUAAGCAUAAAAGCAGUAUUAUUAAAUUAGAAGAACAUUUACAUAGACACAUUCGACAAAGACCAUUCAAGUGCCCAAUUUGCACUUGCUUGCGAUUUUGUUCUCUUGAUGCGCUAAACCAUCAUUUGAUUAUCAAUCAUAAUGAUAGCAUUGUGAACUUUGACACCGAUGCUGAUACAAGUGAUGAAAAUGAAGAAUUGAAUUUAGCACAAAUCAAAGACAAAAUCGAUAUUCAUGUGAAAAAAAAAGGUGAAACUACCACUUAUAUUAAAGGAAAAGACAAUAAAAAUGAAAUCAUACCAAUGGAUAAUACCGCAAAAUUAUCUUAUCGUGAUGUUCUUGUUAAAGCACAAGCCAAAAACAAAAUCGAUAUUCAUUUGAAGAAAGAAGAUAAAGCUACCAAAGGAAACAAUAAAAAUGAAAUCAUACCAAUAGAUAAUACCGCAAAAUUAUCUUAUUGUGAUGUUCUUGUUAAAGUUAAAGACAAAAUCAAUAUUCAUGUGAAGAAAGAAGAUGAACCUACCACUUAUAUUAAAGGAAAAUACAAUAAAAAUGAAAUUAUACCAAUGGAUAAUACUGCAAAAUUAUCUGAAAAUAAAAAUAUGGAAGAUAAGGAUUAUAUGGAUUUUAUAGAUAGAAAUAAUAAACAUCAGCAAACUGUGCAGGAAUUAUUGUUUAAGGCAAUGGAAGCUAUCUCAUUAUUACCAAGAAGUAUAGUCAAAUAUGAUUUAGAUAAUGAAAACUAUGAUGAUUUACCUGAUAUGCCACAAGAAGAUUUAACUGAGGAACAACAGGACCAACUUAUUUUGAAGUCAUUAUGUGAAGCCUACAAAGGUACAAAAGCUGGUGAAUAUUGUAGUAAAGCUUUUGAAAUGCUGAAAGAAGGAUGUUAA